AUUGCGCAGUUACACAGAGAUAAAUCAACGAUAAUAUUAAACCAUUUUCUCAGAUUAGGUAAGCCAAAGGUUCAGUUGAUUAUGUAACAUUGAUGUGAUAAGUUGAGAUAUUGAACAAUUUACAAUCAGAAGCAAAGUGAAACUGGACAAAACAAUGACCACCAAUCAUCAUGAUAACAAUCAAAGUGAUAAACAACAUGAAAGUGAUUAAAGUUAAUUAACUUUCAGCUUGAAUGAUUAUAAAUUGUUGUUCAAUGAGAAACUUUUGUUUUAAAGUCAAAAUUUUAUGUUUAUCAAGUUGAAUUGUUUUUUUUUGUGAUUGUUACUUUUAGUGGUCAAGCAAAUUAACUAAAGGUUAAGUGAAAAGUUGAUGGUCAGUUUUGUUUAAUUGUUCUCACCAAUCAUGACCGGAACUACUACAACUAGUACAGGGAAAACUUUGGUCACCAUGACCUGUAGCGGAGGGUCAGCGGGAACCUCAGCUUCGGCUGAUACUCAUUCAAAUUGUACCUUUGCAGGAACCGCGAUCUCAACCACACCGGAGCCCAAGUCCAGUGGGUCGCUACCCUCUGGGUCACGGUCAGAGAUUCACUAUCCAACGGUUCUUCAUAACUCAUCGGCCAUUUAUAUAACCAAAAAGAAACGGAAAUUAGUCCGUUUUUUCACCGUGGUUGCCUACAUGUUUGCUGUCUCUUUGGUGGCCAUUGUGCUCUCACUUUACUAUGUUUUCCUUUGGAAUCCUUACCUGGUCUCCUUACCUGGAGGUGGAAAUGGUAAUUCACAAAACGGAGGAGGAAGUGGUAGUAGUGUUGUCGGUGCUAAUGGACUUAAUGAUACAAAUGUCAAAACUUUAUCUCCCUCAUCAUCACCAUUAUCAUCAUCUUCACAUCUGAAAACCUCUGACCAUUACAGUAGACUGACCAAUAAUCAUAAUAAUAACAAUAACUUACCAUCAGUAAAUAAACAUAAUAACAAUCAUAUUAAUAAUCAUCACCAUCCUAAUAGUAAUGAUAAUAACAGUGGUAAUAAUAAUCCAUCAAUUAUUACAGUUAGUUUAUUGUCAACUUUACCUUCACAGUUAACUAGUGAUGAGGAAUCAUCAUCAUCAUCCUCAUCUUCCUUAUUAACAUCUUCAUUUCCGUCUUCAUCUUUAACUUCAGCUUUUUCUUUGACUUCAUCUCCAUCCUCAUCUUUUCCGCCUUCGCCAUCACCUUCCGCCUCGAUUUCUUCAGCAUCUUUUGACUCCACAAUAGAUUUUGAAUCUUCUUCUUCUUCUUCAUCAUCAUCAUCCUCAUUAACAUCUUCUUUAUCUUCCUCAUCAACAUCAUCUUCUGUAGCUUCUCCUUUUCCACCUUUACUUGAUUUUCCAUCCUCACCUUCAGCCUCUUUCCCACCGCCACUUCAAGAGUUUUCUUCCUCCGCUGUGCCAUCAGCUUUUCCCUCCGACUUUGUUUCAUCAUUUCCAUCAAAUUCACCUUCAGAUUCAUCCUCAUCUUCAUCAACAGUAGACUGGAUCAUGGAUGUUACAAACACACCAAACAUUUCACUCAACUGAAUUAAACCAACAAGAUAAACAAUUAAUUUUUGUUCAUCUGAAUCUUAUUUUUCAACUUUGAACAUUAUCAUCAACAAUCACCCACCAACCAAAGCCUAAAAAACACCAUUAGUAACUUGUUUAUCUUCAAGAGUAAAAAACAAACAAACCAUUCACUUCCUUGCCUUUUCAUCCUUCAUCAUCAUCACCACUGAAUGUCUGUGUAAAAGUUUCCACUGGUGAUGCGAAAUGAUAAAUGAUUACACCGAGAGAGGAACAAAAAAAAUCACCAAAAGAUAUAAUUAGCAUCUCAUACAUCAUGAAAAUCUCAUUGAAAUCUAUGGAAACCUCAUGAUGAUUAAAACUUUGAUUUGGAUUUUCAAUGAGAAGCAAAACAAAAUCAAAGGAAAAGAAACCGAGAAAAAAACAUUUACAAUUACUUUUCCAUUGAGAUACCAUGAUAAUCAUCAUGUUGUUAACUCUUACAAAUGAAUGUAACAAUUAGAAUCAUGACCCACCGGUGGGAUUGGAUUAAAGUGAAUAUAAAAAAAAGACAAAAUUUCAGUGAAAUUCAUGCAAGAAUAACAACAAGUUCAACUUGUAAAUUAUCAUCAACAUGAAAUUAACAUUAUCCUCUGGUAUUAACAUCGAAAGAGAGAGAGAGGAAACGAAAAAGCCAUCGAGGGAGUGGGAAUCGAGGGUGGAAGAGGGAUGAUUGUGAUAAACUAUUAUAAGAUCAGCGGGAGGCGGAAGAUGAAUUAGAUAUAAAACCAGAAUCGAUAUGAGAAAUGAUUGGAACCUUAAUGAAUCUGAAACUUUGGUUAUCCAGAAAGGGUAAAAGUCGAUGGGGAGUAAAUGUUGAUUGUUGGGUUGAUCUUAAUUGAACAACAAGACCAACACCAUGGAAAUUAACCCAAAUCAUUAAACUGUAUCACAAUGAAGAUGAUAAUUUUAUUUAAAAGCUUGAUUAUGAUAAAAUUAACAAUAAAAGUAACUUUCAAUUAA